CCCCGGUGACGUCAAAUUUGCGCGCUGUAAAAGGCUUUCAGAGAACGACAACACCAGAAGCUUUUGUUGAGAUUUUUACUUAACCGACAAAAUAUGCCUAAAGUAAAAAGGAGUCGAAAACCGCCACCAGACGGAUGGGAGCUAAUUGAGCCUACUUUGGAUGAGCUAGAUCAGAAGAUGAGAGAAGCUGAAACAGAGCCUCACGAAGGGAAGCGAAAGGUGGAGUCUCUUUGGCCAAUUUUCAGGCUACAUCAUCAGCGCAGUCGAUACAUCUUCGAUCUCUUCUACAAACGGAAAGCCAUCAGCAGAGAGUUAUAUGAGUACUGUAUAAAGGAAGGUUAUGCAGACAAGAAUCUGAUCGCCAAGUGGAAGAAGCAAGGCUACGAGAACCUGUGCUGCCUGCGCUGCAUCCAAACACGAGACACCAACUUUGGAACAAACUGCAUCUGCAGAGUCCCGAAGAGCAAGCUGGAAGUUGGAAGAAUCAUUGAAUGCACCCACUGUGGAUGCAGAGGAUGCUCUGGCUAAGCUGCAGUUUUUUGGACUUGCUGCUUUUUUUCUCCAUUUGUUGGACAUCAGGGCUCAUCCAGCUUCUUCUCAUUUUACGUGACGUGAUUCUUUUUUUUUUUUUUCAUCUGCAUCAGAAGCAUUUCUUUACCAUCACCUCAGCUGCCAAUAUAAGGGAUCAAUAUUUUUUUAUUGUUCUAUGUUUAAACAUGAAAGAACAAUAGAGAAUAUGAUGAAAGGGGCCAUAUUGUCUUAACAUUAGUUUGUGUGUGUUGUUUUUAUUAACAAAGCCCUCAACCCUAAAAGUUCAAGUAGAUGGUAAAGAUUAAUUGUUUCUGGAUCAGGCCUGCCAUUCCAGCUAGUCACUGUGAGGGUCUGUGCUAAUGUAAUAUUUCUCAUUUUAAGUGGGUGGAAUGUUUUGUUUUUUUUUCCUUGAUAGUUUAACAACAUUGUUAUUGUACCAUGAUUAUAAUAAAAGCAUUUCAGAUCAGCUGUAGCUGUGGACCAUAAUAAUGUGAUUAAAAGAUGUCACUAGUAGGAUGAA